UGAAGAUGAACAAUCCAAAUGGAAACGGUCCUGGUUUUAAAGAUCCAAAUGAUACAAAGAACAUUAUAUUCCAGCAUUUUAUGGAGUUUGAGGGCAAUAUGAAGAAGGGAAAGGAUGGGACAGACGAGAACCCUCCACAAUUUUCCAUGCCUGAGGGGAUUUUCCCAAAAAUUGAUUUCCCACAAGGCUUUGUUCCAGAUAUGAACGGUCCUCUUUUGCUGGGAGGAUUCCCACAACCAACACAAGAGUUUGAUACAGCUUUCCAGACUCCAAACUUUAGCAUGGAAGGAAAACUUACAGGAGAGGUUGAAAGCCCUCAUUAUUGUCAUACUGAAGGCCCAGAGCCAGCAUUAACAGAGCAGCAGAUAAAGUUUAAUGAAUAUAUUUUGCAUGUUCGUCCACAAAAGUUAUUGCUUUACCAAAACCACCUGUUUAAUGUGAUGCAGCCAAAGAAGACUCAGAUUGACAUAAACAUGGAUAAUCUUCCAGAAGGGAUUCACUAUACACAUAUUUUAGAGUUCUUCAAGUUCAAUGGGAUCCAUCUUGAGCCGAAGCAGGUGUAUAUCAAAGUUAGAGGACUUUCAAAGGACAAGUGCACGAUUAAUUGCUAUAAUAACUAUGAACUCGCUUGGAAGAUGGUGAGCCUGUUCGGAACUAAGUUCACUGGGAGAUGCCUCAAACUUGAACUUCCAGACUAUGAAAGAGGCCAUAAACCUCGUAGUAAUACUUUUGAUGAGUUUUGUAAGGAAUUUGAUAGCAAAGCAGCAAGAAAGCUAUCCGCAGCUAAAGCUGCAGAGAAAAUUCCCAGAAAAAUCUCUGCAAAUAAAAGUAGUAAAGAGAAGGAGGAAGUUAAAGAGAAGAUAGAGACUGAGGCUCAAGCCUGGGGUACUGAACUUAGUCUUGGUGAUGUCAUUGGCUGUCAAGCAGAAGAUGAUGGGUUCCAAGAAGUCAAGCCAAAAGGAAAGCCGAAGCGUAAAGUCAGAAGAGAUAGCCAGCCUGAGAAAGACCAAGAUGAAACUACAAGAGGGAGAGGCAAAGGUCGCGGACGAGGACGUGGUCGUGGUUUUGGAAGAGGCAGAGGAGAAAGAGGAAGAGGUAGAGGUGAAAGAGGCAGAGGAGAUAGAGGCAGAGGUGAGAGAGGAAGAGGAGAAAGAGGAAGAGGAAGAUAUAGAGGUGGAUAUAAGGAGUACAAGCAUAGCAAUACCGGUUUUAACCCAAGAAGUGAAGAAUUUUAAG